CUAGCAGCGAGCUGAGUGGCAUAGCUUCAGCUCCUGAUGCUGUUUAUUCACACCUUUUAGCCAAAAUGAAACGAGACGGAAAUACGAGGCUGUCUGGGUAGUAAUGCUCGCCACAGGAGGAGGACUCCACUGAGAGGAAGAGGAGUAAAAAAGAAAAGGAAGAAAGAAAAGGACGGGGUAAGCUUUUUUGUGGUUGCUAGCAGCUGACUGCAGCUUCUGACAGCUGUGGCGACUCGAGCUGACCACGUUUAUUUACUGGACAAUGAACAUGAACAGAAAAUAGCUAUCGGUAACAAAAUGACAGUCAAAUCAAUCUCAUACAAUAGUCGGCGUCCAUGUGUUAAAUAUGUCUCUAUAAAACAGCCGCACACAGCUAGUUCAUGCCUCCGCUCAGCUGAAGGCUUUAUUUUGACAUCUCUCUGCCAGACAAUAGUCUGCAUCAAAGGCUACAACAGCUGGAUGCAGCGGUGCUGGUAGCUGCGUCCUCGUUUGACGUCUGAACGGUGACAGAAGUUAAUACAGCUGCACAUGUUAACUGUUUUUUAAAAUGUAACUUACACCAGUUUGGCCUAAAAUUACUAAAAUAUUUCUGUCUCAGCUGAUGUCAAAAUGUAUCAGCCUGUUUCAUUCAUGUGUUUUUAUACAAUAACUGAGCUGUCUUCAUUUUGGGGCUCCCCUUUUGUUUAUCUGGGUCAGGGACUGUGAUUCUUAAUCCUUAUUGUGUUUAUGUAUUUAUAUACUACUACUACGACUACUACUACUACUACUAAUAAUAAUAAUAAUAAUAAUACACCAUACUCAUCAGAUUUUUAACAAUGUCUCGUAUCCCAUGGGUCUAUACUGUCCUUUAUUAAAAUAUUGCUGUGUUGUACUGAUAUUUAACACAUGAAUACCAACUGUCUAAUAGCCUAUGUCAACUAUAAUACACCAAAUGAAGGACAUGACAUAAUGUCAGACUACUAGUUUUGGUUUUCAUUGUGAUCUUAAUGAGGCAAUCAAAUCUCUACAGUGUAGUUUGGUGAAAAAAAAAGUUUACCCAUUCAUCUUACCCGAGAUCUGUUUCAUAAAGUUCAAGUUCAGGCCCUGACGCUUCAUCAAACAUUUGCAAUUCUGGACAAUCGGUCUCAUAAAGCCAUGUAUCAUCUUGCUCUGUUAAAUCUGUUUUAAACAAACCAGGUGUGAGCACGUUUGUAACAUCUGCAGCAUAAGAACAGAUGUUACUUAAUAUACCAGACAAGGUGUAACCAUUUAAUGUAUGGACAUGAGAUUAUUGUAGUGACAAAAAGUAAUAUUCAGCAAGGUAAAACUCACAGAAAAUAAAAUGUAGAUAUAAUAAGUCGAAAAUGUCAACAAUAUUAUACUUAUGAAUGGAUAUUACCAUAUACAGUCCUACUUUUUUAAACAUCCUCAGUUGUCCGAUAGUCAAAUAUUUCCCUUCUGUACAAUAUGGUGUCAGCAAAGAUAGAAUAUUAUAUCCUUUACAAAUACAGUAAAAUUAUUGCAGGUUUUUUUGUGUGUGGAUGAAUUAGAUCAUCAGCUGUUAUUGUUUUGACCAGCAGCUUAAUCACAAUAAUGUUUUAAAAUGAUUGUAAGAAACUCUUAUAUUAAUUGUUUAUAAGGAGAUGGAGAAAGGAAACAAAAUCUCAUAUUAACAGCAGAGUGUCUGCACCAUCUGCCUCUUGUUUAAAAACAACACAGCGUCAUCACUGUCGAGCAUGUAGGAUUAUCCAAGUUGGGGUGUUAUGCUGUGGUGUAACAGUGACGUGUACAAAGCUACAGUUGCAGAGUGAGGCCUCGUGGGAACGACGACGAACCAGUAUUUAACCGUGACCAAAACUCUGGUCAAAAAUAGGUUCAAUAUGUGUCCGACAAACUGUGUCAUCAAUUCCUUAAAAGUAAAAAAGCUACUUCAGUACUUUCACACAUAUUAGACACAUGUUUUGGUAUUUCCUGUGCGUCAUGUAACCUCUCUUUCUGAAAACAUGAAUGAAAACAUUUAAUCAUGAAAUACCCGUUUGUAAUUGAUCUGAACUGUACAGAACAACGCACAUUUCCAGACAGCAAGACAAAUGCAAUAAAGGCUGUAGCAAAUUCAGCUGUCUGUCGCUUUAUCUGUAUUGAGGGGUUAUCUGAGGGGAGACAGCUGUUUAUCAGUCUGCUGCACGUCACACUCACUGCCCCUGACCAUCACACUUGCCUUUUAUAAUGGAUUAGCAGUUGCUUCAGGCAAAUUGGCCCACCUCCAAACUGACAGCUGUCUCGUAAAUGACAAAAUGUCUUUGUAGAUAACCUAAAGUUAUUCUCACGUGGUCGGAAACUAAUGAGACAUGAAGCAGACUCUUAAAUGAGGACUGUUGUAACAUGAAACUUACUGUACCUAGAUAAUAUUGGCAAAUGCAUAUAGAAUAGUACUGUUAUAUGCUAUAUAUUAUACUGUUAUACUGUCAUAUGCUAUAUAUUAUACUGUAAUACUGUUUUAUGCUAUAUAUUAUACUGUUAUAUGUAUGUAUAUAAUAUUUGUUAGCUUUAAACCUUAUUAACCAAAGUUUUUCUGAGUUGAUUCUGAGGCAGCACCUAAAUAUCAUCUUCCUCAGUGUCUAAACUUUACCAUUCUAUUGUGUUAAAAUAUAAUAUUUAUUUACCAUUACAUUAUAAUGCCUUAUUAUUUAUUUGAAAAAGCUAUUAAGCCUGAUUUUUCUCCUGUUUUCGUGUGGGCGAGCAGGAUUGGUGCUUUCUGCUCUUUGAAGCAUCCAUUGCUGCUAACCCUUUAAAUCCUCGACUCUACAACCAGCAUCUGGACACCCCGUAACUAUGACAACGGGGGGGUGUUGCCACCUGCCCGGCUCUCUGUGUGACUGUGCCAGCAGCACAGGAGUCGGAAAAAGCGUUGAGGAAGCGGGUGGGGAUGGGUGCCAGGCGCUCUACGUCACCCAGGUCACAGCCAUAGAUGGACGGUUGCUGUCGUCCGUGCUCAAACCCGUCUGUACACAAAGUGAUGGCCCCAUCUGCCGUAUUUGCCAUGAAGGUGGUAACAGCGAGGGUCUCCUGUCCCCAUGCGACUGCACCGGCACCCUCGGCACAGUGCACAAGAGCUGCUUAGAGAAGUGGUUGUCGUCUUCCAACACCAGCUACUGCGAGCUCUGCCACACUGAGUUCAGCAUCGAGCGCCGACCGAGGCCUCUCACAGAGGUAACAAAGUGGCUGCGGGACCCUGGUCCUCGUAAUGAGAAGAGGACGCUGUUCUGUGACAUGGUGUGCUUCCUGUUUAUCACCCCCCUGGCAGCCAUUUCAGGCUGGCUCUGCUUGAGCGGCGCUCAGGACCAUCUUCAGCUGGGGAGCUGGCUGCAGGCCGUGGGUCUCAUAGCCCUCACCAUCGCCCUCUUUACCAUCUACGUCCUCUGGACCCUGGUUUCUUUCCGCUAUCACUGUCAGUUGUACUCCGAGUGGAGAAGAACAAAUCAGAAAGUACGUCUUCUCAUUCCUGAAGCAAAGGAGUCUAAUUCUUCCCAGCAUUCCUUGCUCUCUACCAAACUGAUGAAGAAGUCUGCCAAUGAGAGUAUAGUAUGAGAUCACGUGAAGAUGAACCACGAUAACGGUGCCAUUUACUUGUUGGGGAUGAUACUCUGUGCAUUAUGCCUGCUGAAUGGACUUUCAACAAGCACUUGUAGGCAUUUUCUGUCAUGUUUUUCCCCUUUUUUUUUCUUCGACUUAUCAGUACAUUUUUCACACAACAUUUUUAAAAAGCGCUCCUCCUGUGGGUGCAGAAAUACGCACAUUUAAAUGGAGUCCAUCAGUCCUCAUGCUGAGUUUUCAACAAGCUAACGUGAAAGGCACUGAAGAAUGGAAGAGCAUAUGAAGAUGUGCAGAAGAUAUACGUGAACAGUCUCAUCGUGUUGGAUGUGACGAUAACGUAUACUAGCAGUGAUAGAAGAAUAAGGGAUGAACAAAUUAACCUGUUAAGUGGACUUAAAAUGUAAUGAUUGUUCUGCUUUUUUUGGAUCAGGGGUCCACAGAAGACUGCAGAGUACAGCAGGUUCAUUGAUUGUUCUACUGCAGUGAUGAAGUGUGUAAACUGCUCGAUACAUGUCAUAUCAGGGCACUUAACUACUUAGGCCUUGCAUUCUCUGCACAACAUUGCCCACUGAGGAGCUGAUUCCAUAUUAAUCUGUGAGAGAAAAAUGAGAAGCUUACCUUCAAUUAAUUAACAUUUCACUAUACAGGUGGCAGUUUGCUGUCUGGGAUGACACUAUUGGACCAUGAAGCUCUUAGCCUGUUGGACUUUUUUUCCUGCACUUAUUUCCACAUCUCAUCCGAGAACGGGUGGCAGCACAACAUUAGAGAUUGUGCAAUAAAGCACUGUGGGCAUCGAGGUCUUUAUCACCUCUACCGACAUGCACAGUUUUGCAUGCAAGUGCUGUUAAUAUUUCUUUGGUAAAACUUUUUUUUAAUUGUAAAACCAUUUUUUAAACCACUAAAGAAUGAACAGAUUUACUAUUGACUAUUCCUACUGAGGUAGGGGUUUAACAGUGUUGUCAUGGAGGUUCUUGUAUUAUCAGCACUUAAGAAGUGGGUCUUUAUAUUUAUAAUGAUCGAUAAGAAAGCUCCAUCAAAAUGGCUUUUCGAGGUACAUUUUCACAAGCAUUGUUUGGUGGCUGAUGCAGUGUGAUAAAGAAUCAUUCUGAUGGCCCAUUGAAGUAAUUGAUUUAACAAUUCUCUCCCUCUUCUCUGUACUGUGUUUGUGUAUGUGUUUAUGAUCACAUAAGGAAUCAGGGACUCAGAAACUUAGUAGUCAAGUGUAGUUUCUCUGUUGUGAUGGGGGAAAAAAUCUUGUCAUAGGUGAUUUUCUGUGUUGGUGUUUCUGCCAGACAGGAACUACCAACAAUGACUUUUAAUAGUGGAUCCAUUAUGCAAAGGUGAAAGAUCUACCAAGGCCAAAUCUGACUAAAAGUUUUAGUCUUUUUCUUUCAAGGAAGCCACAAGAUGCGCAAAUGCUUUUCUGAGCUCAUUUGAUGAAUGUUGUCUUUUUUGAUGUUACUGAGCAGUAUGGCCCAGUAAGGACUGGCUGUGUUACUUGUUUAGGGGGAGAUUUCACUUGUACAUACAGUAAGUAGGUUGGUGCAGUUUAUAAUCAGUUCACUUAUGGUGGCUCUGAAUACAUCUGAGCAGAUGUUCUCUGCUUUCCAAACCAAACACAGCCUGGUUUCUAGAUUUCCAGGACACAACAUGAUCCAAUUUUUUAUUCUCUUUUAAAAUGUCUUUAUUCCACUUAAUUUGGGUUACAGGGAGAUGGUUAAUUGGCACUUUCACACGUUGAAGCCUGAAGAUGAAACUGAACUGAAUAGCUGAACUUAAUUGUUUAAACCAGUGUAAUCCAGUCUAUGGGCCUGAUGAUGACACAGUGGGUGUAACAAUAUGUUGUAACUUGAGGUCAUCUACAUGUUAACCCUAACACUCACUAUUCUUUCAAAAAAGAUUUCAUUGAUAGUUGCGAAAUUAAAAAUACCUUGGCUGUACUUCACAGGGAGUAUUGAAAGCAAUCAGGCAAAUUUCAAACUUGCUUGAAGCUUGGUCGUAAUGAAGUUUAUUAUUACUAAACUAAAUUUUAAUUCCAAGAUAGCAAUUGUUUUAUUUCUUCAGUGGAGGGACACUUUGUCUCAGUCUUAUUUAAAGAUGAUCAUAUUUUAAUUGCUACUUUGAUCAUGAUUUGUUCUUAAGUGCACAUACAGCACAUCACCCACAGUGUACAGAGGCCAAAAUGUGUUAUUAAUGCCUUUUUAUUUAAAAUACACACACACACACACACACACACAUAUAUACAUUUUUUUUUAACUUUAUAAGAAUCAGACUUGAAAAAUAUUAUUAUUGAAUCACUUAUUUAAACUAGUGUGUGUUCUUACUGAGGAGUUAUAUGGAAAGAUUAUAAGCAGACAAAUUUCAGAGCAGAUGUUGUUUAUUUGUGGUCAGUAAGCUUCAAUAUGGAUGAUUUUACCCUCCUACACAGUGUUGAUUGUUAUUCUACUGAAACUUAAAUUUAGAAAGAUUCUGUAUUAGUAUUAAUAUGCAAACUGUCAAAAUAAUUGUCAACUCUUUUGGCGUGGUUACCUGACGCUGUUGUGAAACUGUCAGUCAUAGCAACAGACUGACGGUGGGAAAUUGAUAUUAGUCAUGUGGUUGCAAAUGUUAAGCAACCUUAUUUUUUCAGUUUGACAGCUGACAGCUGUGGUAUUUACAGUGACCAGCAGCUGGAAAAGUUGUUUUCUUACCCUGUCUUCUUGUCUAGGCUAACACUUUUUAGCUUCUGGUGUCCCACAUACUGCCUCAGAUAAUCGUUUGUUUGUGUUUUUAACUGAUCUCAGAACAAAGGAUUAUAGUAUAUCCUGCAAUACUGCGAUGCACCCGGGGGGGCUCGUCUGCCUUAUAAGCUUAUGAGUCAUUUGAUCAUCCAUUUGUUUACUGUUUGUCAUGAACGAGGCUUUAACCCCAGUAAAGUCAUGUAAAAUGUAAAGGUUUGUGCAGCCAUGAGCAGUAUGAGAGUAUGUACAACGUAUGCAACACAGGUCCUUCUUUGGCUACCUGCCUCUUCAUGUCAUUGUUAUCAAAGCUAUUUGAAUCUCCAAAGAGUUUUAAGGUGUCAUUACACAUAAUGUAAUAUAUAAAAAGCUUCCUAAAUUCAAAUUUAGAAAGGGAUUUUAAAUCAUUUUCUGUGUUUGUGACUGAAAGGAACUUAACAUGUAGAUGUUAAUGUGCUUCUGUUGUGUUAUGUUAAAUAACAUCUUUGUAAUCUUUGAAUUUUACUUGUCUUUUUUUUGGGUGGGUAUGUUAAUGUGUGUCAUUUGUGGUUCAUGUUGCAAUUCUUUAGUAUUCACAUUUUGAAAUACUACAGUGUUUAUGGUGUGAUGUGGAGAGAAAAAAGAGAGAUGUCUUCACCAAAACACUGGUACCUUCAAUCAGCCAAGAAUAGUUUGCAAUGCAAAUAAAACAUGAGGAUAAAUGAAGAAGAAAUGUUAAAAUGGGUCAUUUGUUGCUUUGUUUAUGUGCAUGUGUCAGUCACCAUCACUAUUUGUGUCUGACUGUUUGCUCUGUGCUUGUUUAUUUUCUUGAGAAGGUGUGUACUCAUGUUCUAUGAUAUGGCUGUUUACAGAUCAUCCUCUUAGUCCAGUGAGGAUGAGAUGUCAUUACUGUAAGUCUGUUUGUGACGACAGCUAUAUGUGUCCAUUAAUCCUGAUGAAAAACAACUGCUGAUGUAGAGAGUGGACAAGGAGACACAUCUGGAAUAAAACCUUGUCAAGUUUUGCUAUA